UCUCCCGUCUCCGGUCGAGAGAGUCUGGAAACCAGCAGGAACAGAAGAAAGAGAGACGCUCAAGAGUCCAAUUACACCAAAAAACUCGCCUUCAGAAGUCUAAUAUUCACGAGAUACCCCCUGAAAAAGAGAAUAAACCGCGAAAAUGAUGAAUCAGAUCGAGCUUUCAGUCCCUUAUGAUAACGGAUAUGAAAUCGACGACUACAUGAUGCAGGAGGAUGAAUGGGAUCGGGAUUUACUGCUGGAUCCAGCAUGGGAAAAGCAGCAAAGGAAGACGUUCACUGCCUGGUGUAACUCUCACCUGAGAAAAGCUGGGACGCAGAUCGAGAACAUAGAGGAGGACUUUAGAAAUGGCCUCAAACUAAUGCUGCUGCUUGAAGUCAUCUCAGGUGAGAGGUUACCCAAGCCUGACAGAGGGAAGAUGCGCUUUCACAAGAUAGCUAAUGUCAAUAAAGCCCUUGAUUUCAUCACAAGUAAAGGUGUGAAACUGGUCUCCAUUGGAGCUGAAGAAAUUGUGGAUGGUAACGUGAAAAUGACUCUUGGAAUGAUCUGGACAAUCAUCCUUCGCUUCGCCAUUCAGGAUAUCUCUGUUGAAGAAACUUCGGCCAAAGAAGGACUUCUGCUCUGGUGUCAGAGGAAGACUGCCCCAUACAGAAACGUCAAUGUUCAAAACUUCCAUGUCAGCUGGAAGGAUGGAUUGGCGCUGUGCGCUCUCAUCCACAGGCACAGGCCUGACCUCAUUGACUACGCCAAGCUCAACAAGGAUGAUCCAAUGGGUAAUUUGAAUCUGGCAUUUGACAUUGCUGAAAAACAUCUGGACAUCCCCAAAAUGCUGGAUGCAGAGGACAUCCUGAGCACCCCUAAACCUGAUGAGAGGGCUAUAAUGACAUACGUGUCCUGCUUCUACCAUGCAUUUGCUGGAGCUGAGCAGGCUGAAACUGCUGCUAACAGGAUCUGUAAGGUGCUUGGAGUGAAUCAGGAAAAUGAGAAGUUGAUGGAGGAUUAUGAAAGGCUGGCUAGUGAGCUGUUGGAGUGGAUCAGACGUACCAUUCCCUGGCUGGAGAAUCGUGCAUCAGAAAAGACCAUGGUUGAGAUGCAGAGGAAGCUGGAAGAUUUUCGUGAUUACCGCAGGAUGCACAAACCUCCCAAAGUGCAGGAGAAAUGUCAACUGGAGAUCAGCUUCAACACGCUGCAGACGAAACUACGCAUCAGCAACCGGCCUGCAUUUAUGCCCUCUGAGGGCAAGAUGGUGUCGGACAUAGCGAGUGCGUGGCAGGGUCUGGAACAGGCAGAGAAGGGCUAUGAGGAAUGGCUGCUGACUGAGAUCAGGAGGCUGGAAAGAGUGGAGCAUCUAGCUGAGAAGUUCAGACAGAAAGCUACAAACCAUGAGUCCUGGGCUACAGGUAAGGAGGAGAUGCUGACCCGGAAGGACUACGAGUCAGCUUCUCUAAUGGAAGUGCGAGCUCUGCUGCGGAAACACGAGGCAUUUGAGAGUGACCUUUCUGCACACCAGGACAGAGUUGAGCAGAUUGCUGCUAUUGCUCAGGAGCUUAAUGAGCUGGAUUAUCAAGAUGUUGCAUCAGUGAAUCAAAGGUGUCAAAGUAUUUGUGACCUCUGGGACCAUCUGGGCACGCUCACCCAGAAACGCAGAGAGGCUUUGGAGAGGACAGAGAAACUUUUGGAGACGGUGGAUCAGUUGUUUCUGGAAUACGCAAAGAGAUCUGCACCCUUUAAUAACUGGAUGGAGGGAGCCAUGGAAGACUUGCAGGACAUGUUCAUAGUGCACACAAUUGAGGAAGUCCAGACUCUGAUAUCUGCUCAUGAGCAGUUUAAGGCUACCCUUCCUGAGGCAGAUGCAGAAAGGCAGGCGAUCCUUGGCAUUCAGCAGGAAGUCCUGAAGAUCUUCCAGAGUUACGGCAUUCGUGGAGAUCUCACAAACCCCUACAGCACAAUAACUCCAGAAGAGAUUGCCGUCAAAUGGGACAAGGUGAAGAAGCUGGUGCCCCAGCGUGACAGUGCAUUGCAGGAGGAGUUAGCGAGACAGCAUGCUAACGAAAGACUCAGACGCCAGUUUGCUGCCCAAGCCAACCUCAUCGGACCCUGGAUACAGACCAGGAUGGAGGAAAUUGGUCAUUGUUCCAUGGCGAUAGGGGGGACUCUGGAGGAUCAGAUGAUCCAACUGAAGCAGUAUGAGCAUGUGAUCGUCAGCUACAAAUCCAACAUAGACCGAUUGGAGGGAGAUCACCAACUCAUUCAGGAGUCACUUAUCUUUGACAACAAACAUACUAACUACACUAUGGAGCAUGUUCGGGUUGGCUGGGAGCUCCUAUUGACUACGAUUGCUCGCACGAUUAAUGAAAUCGAGACUCAAAUUUUGACCCGUGAUGCAAAAGGAAUCAGCCAGGAGCAGAUGCAUGAGUUCCGGUCCUCUUUCAACCAUUUUGAUCGGGGGGAGAGGGGUAAACUCAGGCCUGAUGAGUUUAAAGCAUGUCAGAUCAGUCUUGGGCAUUUGGAAAAUGACAAACAAAAGAAGAAUGGGGGCAUGGAUUCUGAUGACUUCAGGGCCUGUCUGAUCUCGAUGGGUUAUGAUCUGGGAGAGGUGGAGUUUGCUCGGAUCAUGAUGCUGGUUGAUCCAAACGCUUCAGGCAAUGUGUCGUUCCAGUCCUUCAUUGAUUUCAUGACUAGAGAGACAGCAGACACAGACACAGCUGAACAGGUCAUCGCUUCCUUCAAGAUCCUUGCUGCAGACAAGCCGUAUAUUCUGUCAGAUGAGCUGAGGCGAGAGCUUCCUCCAGACCAGGCCGAGUACUGCAUCAGUCGAAUGCCCCCAUACUGUGGCCCCGGGGCCCUGCCUGGAGCCCUGGACUACACCGCCUUCUCCACUGCCCUCUAUGGAGAGAGUGACCUUUAACCCUGUCAACACGUCUGACCUUUAUAAUCCCAUCCCACUUGUUAACCAAGUAAUCUUUUAACCCUUUACAUAGCACCAAGAAAUGAAAACAUGCAAAACAAAGAGAAAAAAGGCCAACUGUUAAUCUGUUGAUGUAUUAUUAAGGACGGCAGAUUUGAAAUGUUUAACGUCUCUUUAUUCUGAAGGGAAAUAAGAAUGCAAUAAAAAUAAGUGACGAAGUAUUUAUCUUCAACAACGUAUAAAAUGGUGUGAAUUUUAGAAUCACAUUAGGACUUGUCACUCUUGAAGUGGUUAAACCCUGGUCUUGCUUAAAUCUGGUUAAACUGAGUCCUGGAUUGUCACAUUUCCCACUGUUUAUAAUUAACCCAGGGUUAUUGCUAAAUUUGCUUUUGACAAUGUAGAAACUAAAUCCAGGGUUAAGUUUGGAGAAUUGUGGGGUUAGUGAUUGGAUGAAUACUUCACAUGGCCUGUUAACAUAAAGUCCAAUCUAGUGGACUUUAAAGCAAAUUCACUUGCUCUAUUUCUACUGUUAUUAAGGUUUCCUGAAUAGACUUGUUGGAUUGUAAUGUGAAAGACAUUUUCCCUCUGAAAAUGCUGAUGUUUAAACAGUUGAGCGAAAAAAUAUUACUCCUAGUGUGAAAUUUCUAUUCUUUUUCAAAUAUUUGCAAGUGAUGUCUAAUGGAGCAAGGGAAUGUUCAUAUUUUUUCUUCUGGAGAAAGUGUAAUUUCUUUUAGUUUGCCUCAGAUAAAAGUGGGAUUAAAGUAUAUGUGUAUAUGUGUGU